UUCUUCUCUCUUCCUUUCCUUCAUCUCCACGCAAACGAAAACCAGAUCGACUCUUUCUCUCUCCCUCUCUCUCUCUGUGUAAACCCUAAGCUCUCGACUUCCAGUCGUCUGCACUUUCUGAAGGAUGUGAAUCAUCGGUUCCGACAUUUCGUAGGACCAGCACUCUUUUUUUGAAUCUCGCUCGCCGGAACGACCCCUACACAGCACAGCGAUCGAGCUGAGCAGCUACGUCGCCCGUCAUGGCCAUUCGCGUCACCUUCACCUACUCGACCUACAUUGCCCAGACCUUCGCCUCCAACGCGGGCCUUCGCGUCGGCAACUGCCGUUUGCUCGAGGAGUGCUGGGCCCGGUCUCGCCUCCUCUGCCCGAGCAAGAGGUCGGAGCCCGAUCUCAGGCCUCACGCCUCGACUCCUUCGGCUUCCGCGUCCUCUACCCUCGCAGGAGGAGAGGUUCGCGGCCCUGAUUGCGGGAGCUCGGUGAUCGUCGGCUUAAUCUCGCUGGCUAAUUCGAUUGCUGGCGGUUCGUUUUGUUCUCCGUUCUCGAGCGAGGGCCUUUUUGGGGUUUCGCCUGUGAGGGCUUUACCCGCGGCGGCUGCUUCCGGUGGUGGCGUGGACAGGGCAAAUGACGAUUCGACGUGCUGCGAGAGAGAAGAGGAGGGUGGUGGUGCGGAGAGAUUGAGGAAUGGUGCGAGGAAUGGGUGGUUUUCGCGCCUUCUAGGGGUUCGUGCGGAAGAGGCGAGGGCGGCUUUCACUGCUUUGACGGUGGGUUUGCUCUUUAGAUCGCCGUUGGCCGAGGCAAGGUCGAUACCCUCUUCGUCUAUGUAUCCCACUCUCGAAGUUGGCGACCGCAUUUUGGCUGAAAAAGUGUCUUACAUCUUUCGACAACCUGAGGUUUCAGAUGUUGUAAUAUUCAAGGCGCCUCCAGUUUUGCAGGAAGUUGGCUAUGGCUCGAGUGACGUGUUCAUAAAAAGGAUUGUGGCAAAGGCUGGAGAUUAUGUUGAAGUUACCAAUGGUAAACUUUUGGUGAACGGUGUUGCUCGUGAUGAAUAUUUCGUCUUAGAGGCACUUGCUUAUGAGAUGGAGCCAGUGCUUGUGCCCCAAGGAUAUGUUUUCGUGAUGGGAGACAACCGUAACAACAGUUUUGAUUCCCAUAACUGGGGUCCGCUUCCUAUCAGGAACAUAGUUGGUAGAUCAUGGUUCCGCUAUUGGCCUCCGUCUCGGGUACCUGAUACUCUGCACAAACCACGCUGCAUCAAGAAUGCUAUUUCUUUCUCCAGAAAGAGAGAGAUGAGCGCAGGCGCAAGCUCCACCAUUGCCACUUUCUGGCUCCUCUUCUCUCUCCUCCAGUUCGUAUCACUGUCGUUCCAAGCCCUAACUCCAGCUCUCGCAUUCAAUGUCUCGUCCCUUCCCUCCAAGACCGCGCUCUUCCUUCAGGACGCUGUGGAGAAGAUUUGCGUGAGCCAGAGGUGGGACUCGGACGCUGUGAGCCUUUCCAGGUUGGAUGUGGGUAGAGCCAGAUUGGGGACUGCCCAGAGGUAUGAGUUCAGGAUCCGGUUCGGCAAGACCGAUCUGUUCUUCAGGUUCCCCGACGAGGUGGCGUCGUGGAGGAAGCUGAACGCCACACGAGGAGUGGAUUUCGUGGAUUUAGUGAGGGCGGCCAGUUCGUCGCCGGUGAUUGCCUCUUUCAAGGUGGAUGGCCCAUUCGAGUUGCGGGCUGAUGGAGAUCACCAGUUCUCACUCUCACUGCCGCUGAACACCACACACAUUGGAUUGAGACAUGUCUUGGUGGGUGAAGGCAUAACUGUGGAAGUGAAUGGAGCUCAAGAAGUUUCUCUGCUUUAUGGACCACAGUUUAAUACUUCAGGCAAUGUCACAGAUACGAAAAGUAGAUUUUGGCCCUAUUGGCAAUCACUGUGCACUCCUUUGUUGCCCAUUCGUGUCUCAGGAUCUGCGUCACUUAUUGCCUACAGAACUCGAAAUCCAACUACUUAUUUGGAGACUAAUUUUCCAUCCAUGGGUACCAUUGAGUUGCUGCCAGAGAAAUGUUAUGGCAAUUUUCUGUAUAAGAGACCUUCAUGCCCCAUUGAUUCCUUGAGUUCGAGGAUAGCCACUCUUGAAAGAGUUCUGGGUGGUUUAAUGGGUGAUCGGAUGCGUCAAAAUGGGUUUUUAGGAUUUGUAAAAGCUAAAAUUAAAGCAGUGACGGUUAUCCGUCUCCAGAUACAACUGGAACGGAAUGUUACCGGUAAGGAGACUCACCCAGUAAAGUUGGAGCAAUGGAGAACAAGGCCUACCGUUGAACGAGUCUGGUUCGAGGUGGUGGCCAGAGUAGAUGCGGAGAGGCUGACGCCCCUCAUGAUAAAUAAGGUGAGGCCUUUUACUGGAGUAGAUACCGUUGCAUGGAGUAGCUUAUUGUCAAACGUCUCAUUCACUAAGUUCCCAUCCAUUUUAGUCCCUCCAGAUGCUCUCACUUUGGAUGUGAAAUGGUAAAUUACACCACUUGACUCUCUUGUAACACUAGUGUUUGUUCUGGAAAAUUUUGGUGUACAAAAUUGAGGCACAAUGCUCCAUUUUCUCUCUUUUGAAAGGAUUAGGUAUACAUCUGAAUUGUAUAAGUGCACUCUCAUUUGCUCGUGUAAAUAAUAUUUAUAACGCAAAUGAAGAGCCACAAUGAGGUUUUUGUUUUCUGGUAA